UCUCACUUGAACACAUCUAAUUGUGAAAUCAAUGGAAUAAAUCAGUCAUAUCUCAAAUGUCACCAUAAAUGUUAUCAUAAAUGCUUCAAUCAUAUGCAAACAACAAGCCGAACAACAAAAAAACGAAACCCUAAACUAUAAAUGCCGCAAGCGACGCCAGCUAAUUUGCAUAAAUAGGUCUUUUUGUGGCCACAUGUAGUAUUGUAUCUGUUGCUUUUACGAAAUACAUUCGAACACCCAUAGAUUUUGUACAGUGGACAGUCAGUCGGGUCGCGUUCGAUGGGACCAUGAUUUGUGAUCCGCUGCAGCCAGUUUCCACUGCUUUCGAGCUGCCAAUUGCCAGAGCGAAAUAUCGGUUGGCAUUAAUUAAUUUUGAGUUUUGCAAAUCAUUCCCAGAAUUAUAUCUGGUUGGGCGGAUGGAUGGAUGGGCUCCGAUGGCUGUGCUGUUGACAUUGUAAUUGAUUUAUUUUCUAUUGUUUGUAGUCCGGUUUUUGUGCUGUCUCCUCUUGGCUGUAAUGUUAGUAAUUCAUUAAUUACGUAUCCGCAAAACUGCCAGCUAUGCAAAUUAUUUGGCAUUGCUCCAUUUGAACGGUGAUAAGCUUGGCCUAUCGAUGUCCAGCCGCAGCCGCAGCACCAGCUCCAGUUCCACUUUGCAUUUGCAUUUCAUUCAGAGAAAUUGGCAAUACGCUUUGAAUUUAUGCAAAACUAAUUCGCUGGCGGAUACAGUUGGUCCGUUUUACGUUUUGCGUCACUUGCAACGGCUCGCGGUUAGCGGAUGAGGCGGAUAAUCGAACCAAGACAACGGCAAUAGCUACAGUCGCAUCGCAUCUCUUCUUAGCCACGCUUUGAGACGGGCUAUAAAAACGCCCAUCGGAUGGAGGGGCCACAACAUUACCCGUUCACAAGUCGAGGCGUGCCCACCAACGCGUUGACAGCUUUAGCAGCCUCCAGGGAAAAAGAGUUCAUCAAAGACCGCAGAAGAUGCGUGGAUUAAUCCAGGUUCUGACCUUCUUGACAGCAGUAGCAGCAGCAGUGCGUGCCGAUGUAGGUGGCUACAACUACGGAGCCGGCCUGAGUGGCUCUUCUGGCGGCUCCAAUGGAGGUUCUAACUCUGGUGGAUCGCUGUCUGGUGGCUCAAUCUCUGGCGGUGCAUACUCUGGUGGUUCCAGCGGCUCCCUUUCUGGGGGCUCUAUUUCCGGCGAUACUCUGACUGGCGGAUCCCUUGGAUCUUCCGUGGGCUACUCCAAUGACUAUGCCCCCGUCAACACCGAUUUCAACAAGGAGUUCUUCACCUACAGCGCCCCAGAGGCCGACUUCGAGGACAACAAAAGCGUUAGUGACCUGGCCGCUUCGCUGAAGAAAAACCUGCGCGUGGUCUUCAUCCGUGCCCCCGAGAACAAGGGCUUGGAGAACGCCGCUUUGGCUCUGGCCAAGCAGGCUGCCGAGCAGCAGACCGCCAUCUACGUGCUGACCAAGCAGGGUGACCUCUCCAGCCUGGCCAACCAGCUGCAGAACCUGAACCAUGUGAGUGCCAGCAAGCCCGAGGUGCACUUUGUCAAGUACCGCACGCCGGAGGACGCUCUGAAUGCCCAGCGUACCAUCCAGCAGGAGUAUGAGCGCCUGGGUGGCUCCUCUGCCUCUCACAAUGGAGGAGUUGCUCCAGUCCUGGACUUCACCUCCAAGCGCCAGCAACAGUUCCAACAGCAACAGCAAGUGCAGCUGGUGGAUGAGCGUCGUGCCUCCAACAUCAAUGUGGCAUCGACUGGCAGUGUGUCGAACAUUGGCGUUGAGCUGGAGGCCCCCUCCACUUCCUACAUCCCACCCACGGCCCAGGCCGCGCCUGUGGCCACUUACUUGCCUGUGAACAAGGUCAAAUAGUUGGUCGAAGUCUAGCCUUAUUAACAAAUUAGCCAAAUUGUGGAGUACCCUCCUUCAACCUCCUUCGUUAUAAAAUAGAAAUUUAAUUUUAAUGUG